AUGUAUGAUCGGGCUCCCCGCUUGCUCAGAUUGUCUGAAGGUGGCAGCACUGAGGAGCAUGUGGGUCCUGGGUCCUACCAGAUACCUUUCCUGAAGCGGCAGGCAACAGGUGGCUAUGCACCAUUCCUUUCUUUGGCUGCCAGAGACAGUACUUUUACUGUUGCUUCUAACACUGAGAAAGCUGUUCCAGGUCCAGGACACUAUAAUGUUUCAGAAGCACAGAAGUUUUCAAGGCCACCUACAGUUUCCAGAAGUGUUGAUGUUCCUUCGAUUCCUUCUUGUGGACGAUCAUAUGGAUAUGAUAUUAAUGAGGAUGGCAGUAUUAUAAAACAUUUUCCACCUGCUAGUGACAGCACACUAGGUCCAGCAUACUAUAAACCUCAAUUUGAUUUUUCCAAUGCAACUUUGAAAUAUAAGGGGAUACAUUUUGGCAACUCUUUGGGAAGACUCCAGUUUCCUAUGAAGUCAGGGCCUGGUCCUGGGCAGUAUGAUAUAGUCCAGAAAAAGACACCUCAUUAUGAAAAUAUUAAUAUCAAGAAAGAUCAACAGCAAAAUCAUUGCUCAUAUCUCCCACGAUUUUAUGAAGUAAUAAUACAGCAGGAGGAAAAAAAGAGAUUUGUACCUAUGAAAUCAAUCACCCCAGCUCCUGGCACAUAUAAUGAAUCUCGAACUGCUAUCAAUUCCUUGAAGAAAACACCAGGACUGAAAAAUACCCCAUUUGGUCAGAGUGUUCCUCGAUUCACACAGGACUCCAGGACAGAGGAAAUGCCAGGUCCUGGGUUUUAUAAUAUCCUAAACAAUACUAUGAUUGACAACAUUAGCAAUACCUACUUGAAGAAAAAAAAGAAAAAUGCAUUUGGUUCUUCUGUUCCUCGGACUCUCUUGCUGGUUCAGAAAGAAGCUUUUACUUCUCCUGGUCCUGCCGAUUAUCAGGCUUUUUGGAAUUCACAGGUUGGUGGAGUUUCUGAUGAAUUACCUAACUUGACUAACCGAUAUGCUGCUAUUUUGUCAAGACCAGAAAAACCUACUAAACUGUCAGAUAUGGACAUUCCAGCACCUGGCAGCUAUGAUGUUCAAAAAUCAUAUGAGAUGUCCCAAGUUCAACAUAAAUACAUGCCACCUCGUAGUUUUGCGGCUAAGCUGAAACAUACCUCCUUUCUUAGCACAGCUCCUCGGUGCCUGGAGAAAAUGACUGAUGGGCCAGGACCUGCAGCAUACAAUCCUGUUUUAAGGAAAUCUUGCUCCAUACCCUUAUUUGUUAAGGCAUCAAAGCGUUUUAAAGAUUCCAAAGAGAUUACUCCUGGUCCAGCUACAUAUGAGGUUUGUCAAUGA